CAGCGGAAGGCAGUUUUCAUUUGUUGUUCCCUGUCCCCUCCAACAUCAGCUUUAAUUACUUGGAGAGUUCUCUCAAAUAGCAGUGAUAGUGUUAUAAGAGGCUGCAGUGGAGAAGAGGAAACAAGCUGCUGCCUCCUUCCCCACCCAUCUUGUCCAACUACGGAAUCUGCUGUUGGGCUGAAGGGCCUUGAGCUAACAGAAGGACUAACAGAAGCAAGGAUACCUCUAUUUCCAACCCAUUCAUUUAGUUAUUACCAACUGCCUUCAGUACUUGAACUGAUAGAAGUAUUAAUAUAUGAAUACUUCAAACUAGAAAUCUGCAUUACUUUCUCUUUACAGGUAUUUACAGAUGGGAUCACCAAUAAGCUUAUUGGCUGUUACGUGGGGGAAGAGAUGGAUGAUGUUGUCCUUGUCAGAAUUUAUGGAAAUAAAACUGAAUUGUUAGUCGAUCGAGAAGAAGAAGUGAAGAGUUUCCGUGUGCUGCAGGCCCAUGGCUGUGCACCACAGCUUUACUGUACCUUCAGUAAUGGUCUGUGCUAUGAGUUCAUGCAAGGAGAAGCACUGGAUCCGGAACAUGUUUGCAAUCCAGAGAUAUUUCGGCUCAUAGCCAGACAACUUGCUAAAAUACAUGCUAUUCAUGCGCACAAUGGAUGGAUCCCCAAGUCUAACCUGUGGCUGAAGAUGGGGAAAUACUUCUCUCUCAUACCAACAGAAUUUGCAGAUCAGGAGUUACACAAAAGGUUUCUGAUGGAUAUCCCAAGUCCUCAAGUACUUCAAGAAGAGAUGGCAUGGAUGAAGGAGAGGCUAUCCAAUCUGUGCUCUCCAGUGGUACUUUGUCACAAUGAUCUGUUGUGUAAAAAUAUAAUCUACAAUGGAAAACAAGGUAAUGUUCAGUUCAUUGACUACGAGUACUCUGGAUACAACUACCUGGCUUAUGACAUUGGGAACCACUUCAAUGAGUUUGCAGGAGUGAGUGAGGUGGACUAUAGCCUCUACCCAAACAGAAAACUGCAGGAGCAGUGGCUGAGAGCAUACCUGGAAGCCUACAAGGAAUAUAAAGGAUUUGAGACAGAUGUCACUGAGAAAGAGGUUGAAGUGCUUUACGUUCAAGUCAACCAGUUUGCCCUGGCCUCUCAUUUCUUCUGGGGAUUGUGGGCUUUGAUUCAAGCCAAAUACUCCACCAUUGACUUUGAUUUUCUAGGGUAUGCAAUUGUUCGCUUCAAUCAGUAUUUCAAAAUGAAGAAUGAAGUCAUGACUUUAAAACUUCCUGAGUAACAACUGAGAGCUGCAAUUCCCCACAUCUGGAUAAAAUUCCUUAGAGUUUUUUGUCUGAAUACAAAUAAUGGAAAAAGUUAAGCAUUCGUUAAUUUUGUAAUGUUCCUAUGGUGGUUUUUGCUUUUCAUUGCCUCUAAACAAUCUUUUAAUGUUCCACCUAAAAUGAAAAUCUUACUCAUAUUGUAGAGGGACUAGAAACAUUAGAUUUAUAAAACAUAGGGAGAACAAAUUUAAUCCUUUAUCUUGUAAUUUUUAAUGUGAUAUGUGAAUUAUUUAUUAUGAAUUUUAACAUUCCACUGCUGCUUUGCAUCAAUUCUUUUUAAGGGAGGGAUUCCUAUAAUACCAUUACAUUGGAAUUAACAUAAGUGAUAAAAUUGUCAAACUGCAUAUUACCCAAAAUCUUUAUGUGAAUGGGAGCUGUUACACUGAAUUACACAACAGAAGAAUGCUGACUAGAGAAGUAGGUGUGGUGGGAGAAAGUAAUUUUCAUGUGGUAACACCUAGAAAACAAGUACAAUAGAGGGAAAAACCAGACUUCCCUGUGUGUAAUGUGCAGAUGAAAAUUUGCAGCAGCCGCAACUUCAUUUGUGAAAGAAAAUGUGCACAGAUUUUACAGUUGUAGGAAGAGGCUUUUAACUUCAAACAUAAGCUUUAAACGACCAUUGUAGCUGCAUCUCAUGCCAUUUCCUCCCUUAGAAAGGAUUGUCCAAGAACCUUUGAAUAUUUUGGCAUACGGUCUAAGGAUGAACAUUCUCUGAUGCUGUCGUAGGAGCCAGCAGGACAAGCUGUUGAACCAGUCCUGUAGUGUUUGGGAGCAAAAUAGUACCACUGAAAUUCUGCCUUGGUUCAGUUGUUUUGGCUUUUAUACUUUCUCUUGUCUACAGUCUUUAGAUUUGUUAGUUGGUCGAUUGUCCAGUUUCCUUGCUUAGAUGAUGGCUUGCCCAAGCCUCAAGAUUAAAUUUAAAGAUCAUUCUUGAAAUAGAUGACAUUUGAAGAGUGAGGAUUGUUCGUGAACACAUUUUUUCUUUUCUUUUUUUCAAAAGCUAUCCUACCAAGAAUGGUUUGAACUUCAAUAAUGUGAAACACAAAUGUUUACCUGUGUGUGUGUGUGUGUGUGUGUGUGUGUGUGUGUGUGUGUGAGAGAGAGAGAGAGA